UUUACAAUCAAAAAUUAUUGUUUUUUAUCUAAAAUAUCUAUUUCAACAAUUAUUAAAGAAUUAAUUACAAAAAAAUUAGUUAAUUUUGUAUAUAAAGAUUUACAUCCUUUUGAAAUUAUUGAAGAUGAAGGAUUUAGAGAUUUUUCUUAG